GCAAGAACACAUUCGUCGUUUUACCCAGACGAAGUCAAAAGGAGUUACCAGCUUUUAGUUUGUUCUGUGGUCGGAGUAAGCGGUACCAUGUCUGGUAGAUGGUUGAGCAGUGCGGCGGUAACCCACGUGAUGGUGGCUCUGUUCGCCAUGGGGUCCUGGAUUUCCGUAAACAGUCUGUGGCUCGAGCUCCCGGUAGUCGUCAAUGUGCUGCCCGAAGGGUGGAACCUGCCUGCUUAUAUCUCAGUGCUGAUAGCGUUUGGGAACAUUGGUCCAAUAGCAGUGACCAUCACACACCACUGUGCUCCAGGACGUUUAAACGAACGCCUCGUCAUCCACUGCAUCCAGGUGCUGGCCGUGGUAGCGUCGGGUUGCCUGGCUGUUUUCUGGUCACACACCGUCACAAUAGCUAAAGAAGAAAGGUCACUGGUGUUCCUGCUCCUCACCUUUGUGUUGUCUUUUGUUUGCUGUACGUCCAACGUAACCUUCCUGCCUUUUAUGUUCAGUUACCCCCCUCAGUACAUUCGUACUUUCUUCAUUGGCCAAGGCCUCAGCGCCUUGUUUCCUUGUUUAGUGGCUUUAGGGCAAGGCGUUAGCAAGCUGGAGUGUAAAACUCUAAAUAGCACAGUGCAGCCAGAGUAUUUAAAAGAGAACUUUCCUGCACAGAACUUCUUUUGGUUCUUAUGCGUCAUGCUGUCAAUCUCAGCGCUGAGUUUCCAGGCUUUAAUGCAAAGGCAGACAGAGUCACAGGAAAAUGCACCGCCACAGGAGCCUGACACUUUAGCAGCAGAAAAGAAUGGAGAGGAAACACACCCGCUACACAACGGAGGGACACCGGUGUCUGAGGAUCAGGUGCAAGUGGAGGAACAGCCACAAACAUUUUGGACACAGCGGAACAUCUACCUGCUGUCUCUGCUCGCAGUCUCCAACGCCCUCACCAACGGGGUCCUGCCGUCUGUACAGAGUUUCUCCUGUUUGCCUUACGGCACCAUGACCUUUCACCUCUCUGUGGUCCUUGCCAACAUAGCGAACCCACUGGCCUGCUUUGUAGCUAUGUUUUUUGUCCUGAGGUCCUCCACUGGUCUGGGCUUCUUGUCUUUAGCAGGGGGAGUAUUUGCUGCAUACCUCCUGGCGUUAGCAGCACUCAGCCCCUGUCCUCCACUCCUGGGAAACCCUGCUGGUGGGGCUUUAGUGGUCAUCUCAGGGAUUAUUUUCACUGGCCUCUUCUCCUAUCUGAAAGUGGUGAUUGGGACUUUGCUUCACGAGGCGGGUCACGCUGCCCUGCUGUGGUGCGGCAUCUCUAUCCAGGCCGGCUCCCUUAUCGGAGCGCUCACCAUGUUCCCUCUGGUCAACGUAUAUCACGUGUUUAAACAGGCUCAAGCAUGUGUGGAUAACUGCAGCAAGCAGGAGUGAGAUAUGUCUCAAUUCAUUUUUUCUUUUUUUUAUCAUGGGAAAUUACUGUUUUAGCCCAGUUUUUGGGGCUCCUAAGUGAAGCACCACAUCUGUCUUGGCCUCAUCUUUCCGGUUGUGGAUCAUGCCACCAAUGAGGCAUCCUGUCCUGAUUCAGAAGCCUUUGACCUGUGAAAACAUUUCCAGAUAAUGGGAGCAUUGUAUUGCUGCACAUUGGACAAGGGGAUGUAAAAAGCGUAUGAUGCAGUAAUACCACAAGUGCUUUGUGGUGUGUUUUUUUUUUUAUUUUUAUAAUGACUCUCUGUUAGUUGUUUACUAUAGAAAAAUCAGCAGCUGAUGUUUUUUUUCCCCCAAACUAAUAAACCAUGUGAAAAGUUAAAAUACUCAGGGACACAAACAUUAACUUAUUAUUAUUAUUUGUUGCUCCUGAAUCUAUUUCAUGAGAAAUAUUCAGACUAUUAGUUGCAAACUACAGGUCCAUUCAUAGCAGCAGAACAGCGAGUGGGGUUUUGUUUUUUUAAUUUUGGUGACUAUUUUCAAAUGUUUGUCUACCUCUUCCCUUUGAUUUGCGUAUAAUUUGAAUUAUAUUUCAUCAAAGUCCGAUAUACAAUUCAGAUGUGCUGAAGUCAGCAUUAUGAAAAUUGUAUAAUGUGUUGCUAUACAUAAACUGUUCAUAGAUGCAGGGACAUUCCUUGAGAUCAUACGAAAAUUAUUUGUGUACUAAAAUGUACUAAAACAAGGCUUUCAAAAAGGCUUUUUUUUUUUUUUUUUUUUUGACCGUUUCCUAUCAUGUUUAUACCAAAUAAUAGUUUAUUUACCAGUCAUUUCGGUUUUGUAUUAAUUCUAAAUAUACAGUUAUGUAAUGUUACCUUAAGGGAACAAUAUCUGGCCUAGAAAGGAAUGAGUGAACAGUUAUAGUAAACAAGGGAUUGUGUCAUUUCAGUCUUUGGAAUAAUAUAUCUUUGAUACGCACUAAUACCCUGUAAGGAUUUUAUUAACCAUGCUGCUGCAGUCCAUCAGAUUUAAUAACUUCAUUAUACUCUACAGAAGUUAACAGAGGAAGAAUAUGUUAACAUUGCCUCAACUUUAUGUUUUUAAUCCUGCUUUUUAAUUUAUCAGUCUGUGCUGACUUUAAAUUAACUGAUUGUUUGAAUAGUUAAAUGAUUGAUGGUGCUUGUUGUAUUUUUUUUUAAAGUGUAUUAUGAAGGAUACGAAAUGACUAGUAAAUAAUAAAGUCUUGUUGAAAAGGUC